CACCGGAGGAGCAGCUCACCUGAGAGACGGAGCCCCGGCUCGCCCGUGUGCAGAGCGGACAGGGCAAAAUCUCAGCAAGUUCGAACCUCUAGUACAAUAAGGCGAACCUCCUCUUUGGAUACAAUAACAGGACCUUACCUCACAGGACAGUGGCCACGGGAUCCUCAUGUUCACUACCCUUCAUGCAUGAAAGACAAAGCUACUCAGACACCUAGCUGUUGGGCAGAAGAGGGUGCAGAAAAGAGGUCACAUCAGCGUUCUGCAUCAUGGGGGAGUGCUGAUCAACUAAAAGAGCAGAUUGCCAAACUGAGACAGCAGCUACAACGCAGUAAACAGAGUAGUCGUCACAGUAAGGAGAAAGAUCGCCAGUCACCUCUUCAUGGCAACCAUAUAACAAUCAGUCAUACUCAGGCUACUGGAUCAAGGUCAGUUCCUAUGCCACUGUCAAAUAUAUCAGUGCCAAAAUCAUCUGUUUCACGUGUGCCCUGCAAUGUAGAAGGAAUAAGCCCUGAAUUAGAAAAGGUAUUCAUUAAAGAAAAUAAUGGGAAGGAAGAAGUAUCCAAGCCGUUGGACAUACCAGAUGGUCGAAGAGCUCCACUCCCUGCUCAUUACCGGAGCAGUAGUACUCGCAGCAUUGACACUCAGACUCCUUCUGUCCAGGAGCGCAGCAGUAGCUGCAGCAGUCAUUCACCCUGUGUCUCCCCUUUUUGUCCCCCGGAAUCCCAGGAUGGUAGCCCUUGCUCAACAGAAGAUUUGCUCUAUGAUCGUGAUAAAGACAGUGGGAGUAGCUCACCGUUACCCAAGUAUGCUUCAUCUCCCAAACCAAACAACAGCUACAUGUUCAAACGGGAGCCCCCAGAGGGAUGUGAGCGAGUGAAGGUCUUUGAGGAAAUGGCGUCUCGUCAGCCUAUCUCGGCCCCUCUCUUUUCAUGUCCUGACAAAAACAAGGUUAAUUUCAUCCCAACCGGAUCAGCUUUCUGUCCUGUAAAACUUCUAGGCCCCCUCUUACCUGCUUCUGACCUUAUGCUCAAGAACUCUCCUAACUCUGGCCAGAGCUCAGCUUUGGCAGCUCUGACCGUUGAGCAGCUCUCAUCCCGGGUUUCAUUUACAUCUCUUUCCGAUGACACCAGCACAGCGGGCUCCAUGGAGGCCUCUGCCCAGCAGCCAUCCCAGCAGCAGCAGCUUCUGCAGGAACUGCAGGGUGAGGACCACAUCUCUGCUCAGAACUAUGUGAUCAUCUAAAAAAGGGGGAGCUGGCCUCCACCCUGUGUUCCAUGGAUUAGGAACAAGAUUUCAGACAUCUAUCUGCAUGGAGUGACAAACUUUCUGAACACCACCACCACCACCACCACCACCACCAAUACUUAUCAGCAUCAUAAAGUAUCUCUUAAACACUGAUCUUGGCAGGGACGGAACUCCUAUUCAGCAGUUUUUGUGGAAAGCAGUAAUGCUUGCAAAAUGUGUGCGUCAUUCAGCAUUUUAAGUGGAGACUAUGCAUUUCAUAGUAUGUUUGACAGAUUAGUACUGUGUCCUGUGUUUUGUUCCAGAUUCUUCAGUAUAAAUAAGCUCUAUAUCAAAAAGUUGCCUGUCUAAAUAGAAAAUGUCUUGCUGUGUUUUGUCCUAUGGAAAAUACUGUACUUCAGGAUUAUGUUUACAAUUGAUCCAGGUGUUUGUUUCUAACUUCUGUAAUACAUACAAUGCAAAAAAAAAAAAAAAAAUGGCCACAACAGUUGCACAGUGCCCACCCUAUGGCCUAGCUUCAGGUACUUCAGUUGAAGUCUAAACUCAGGUAACUUGGAAUGUAUAUCAUAUUGGGAUAUUAAAUAUUUCACAGCUAAAAAGCUAAAGAGGGAACAUCACUCUUUUGCCUUUCCUUAUUUUAUGCAUUUCCCUUUCCUCAUUACAUUCCACAUUCUUAGAAUAAGAAGUGCAUUCAAUCCUAGGAGAAUGAUAAUCCUGGACAUGGGUGAACAUGAGGAGAACCAGCAAAAUCUGUGGUGUUUGACAUCACUUAUGUCAUGUGGUUACAAGUAAAACAACUGUUGCAUUCACUGUUUCAACAUGUGUACAUGUGGCUUUUUUAAAAGUUCAGGUGUUGCUCAGUAAAGGACUGUUACAAUGUUGCAAAUAAAAUGUUCAGUACUAGACUGUACAUAAACAUUCCGCAUUGUGAUGAAAUUUAAAGACAGGAAUGUCUAGAGUUAAUUUCAAAAUAAGUGAAGUGUUUGACUGAGUGGUUGAGAUUUUUUUUUGUUUAUGUUAGCCAUCAGGGUCAUAACUGUUACCAUUUUAUCUAAAGACAUAUUUAUGUUUAGUUUCUCCCUUGGAAAUUAUUUUGCAGGUGAAAAAGUGACAUACUUUUGGUUAUUGUUUUCCUCAAGCAGUUUAGGUGCAUGAUCUUCAUUUACAUAGAAUACUUGGGUCUCAGAAUUGUUGCAACAUAAAUAAGCAGGUUUUUUGGUGACUUACAAGAGCAAUAGUUUGAAGCUAUCUCAUUUAGGCCUCUCAUAAUACAUAAUCAUGAAUAGUUUUGAAAUUUGCGACACGUGAAGUAGAGCAGAAACUCAAGAAAAUAGCCUUUAACUUGCAAACUUUUGACGCAAGUUCUCCACAAAGUAUGAAGAGAGCCCUAGGCAUUCCUGAUUGGUCAGUGGGAAAGCCUAACUUUUCAUUGUUUUCUUCAGUACAAAGAAUAUCCAAAAGCGAAGUUUUUGUAUUUGUAUUUCACUACUUUCAAUUCAAUAAAACCUAGAGUUGUUUCAUCUGCACCUAAAGUGUAUGGCACAAUUUUCUUAAGAAUUAGGGGAACAAUGUGCCUACAGUUAAAGGAACGUUUCAGUUCCCUUCAUUCAUUCCUGGGUUUUUCUUUGCUUAUUUUCUAAGACGGUUGAAGAAGGAUGAGUCUAUAGAAAGCAACACCAUUGAUUUUUUUUUUAAGAAAUGAUAUAUAUAUGUAUAUGUUUGUGUGUGUGCGUGUGUAUUCUGUGUAUUAUUUUGUCAUGAUCUCAAUUCUCUUCUUUCCACCAAAGUUUGCCGUAAUAUUUUCUCCUGAAGGUGCAUUCUGGCUCCUUUAAAUUAGUCAGUGUUAUAUUGUAGGAGACUGUCAUGGAAAAAAGGACUCAGUUUACUUUUGUCAUUUUCACAGGGGAACCUUUUAAAACAAUCUUUUCAGCAGCAGAUACCUUUAACCCUAGUAAUCUCAGGCCUUGAUGAAAAUACUCUAUUUUGUAGAUUAUGGUUAAAGGGAGAAAAUUACUAGUUCUGUAAGAUAAAUAUGAGCUCCAUUUAACUUCUGAUAUCUGGUUUAGCAUUACAUAAUAUGUUGAUCUUACACUCUGCUUUUGUCCAAAUAAAAUGCAAUAGUAUCAAUAUCAAUUUCAGAAAAAUGGACUGAAUAUGCUUUCUUGGUGAUUAAAUCUGAUGUACGAUAUUUAUAGUGAUGUGCUUUUAUUUUCUCAUGAGAUACUAAAUAUUAAUUGUGUUGUACAUUUGUUCUUAGCAUAUAUUAAAGUUUUGAACCAAAUGUGUUAAAGCUUACGCUUUGCCAUGUAAAUUUCCCAGAAGUUGUUGAGCUCAAAUGUAUCCUACAUCCAGCUGUAGAAAUUUGUCAGGAAUUGUUUAAAUUUUGUAUAUAAUUGUACUGUUUAAUUCUAGCCAUUGCGCUGAACAGUAUUUGAGUUACCAUACAAUAUGGCUUUACACAAGGAAAUGUGUGGCUUUUGUUUUGUAUUUUUUCAGUAUAGAAGUUCUUGUGUCUUAUUUAAAUAAAGUUAUUAGUAAAACUG